ACCAGAUGUAUCCACCUAUGCUAAAAUCUCAGUAUCUUCCUACUAGCGGCCAUUCGUCCUCAUCCGUGAAGAGUAGCUGAAAAAUACCAAGAAAAAUUCUUUAAAUAGUCAAUUGUUUAUUUCUUUUUGUUUUCUUUGAGGUUGAUCAAUCUGAAAGGUAAAUUGACAAUUUUAUACGUACGGCCUGCAAGAGGGGGUACUUCCUUCAUAAAAAUCGUAAAUAUAUAUCCUUUAAUGAGUUGUUUAAUAAACAUUUAAUAAAUUGGAAUGGACGCGAAUCGAAGAGUGCGGUUUAACACUGAAAGAAGGCACUUCUUAAAUACUAGCCAAACGCCGUAUGCUAGCCCGACUUCCUAUCAACGACCGCCUCCCUCCUUCUCAAUAGAAGAAGGAGACGAAGAAUCUGAUGAGGAUGAUGGACCCCAAUUUCUCAACGUCCAUAGAGCUCCUUCACCCGCUGUUAUUCAUAGACAGACGGGGUCUGCUGGUUCUGCGGAAAACGGAAACUUGAAUAUUCCUUCAUUACCAAGUCCUGUUGCCUCUAGGCCUGUUUCUGAUAACAAUAGCAUUGAUGAACGUUACGCCUCAAGUAUUCGAACCCAGAAUAGUCCAAAUCAUUCACUUACUAAUUUAACUAAAAGGCCUACUUUGGAUCGAAGUCAUUCUGCUCCUAUGAUUGGGAUAAGUCACAUGGGAAACAAUUCUGCUCCAGAUUUGACUUCUACUGCCCCUAAAAUGCCGCCAUCUGUAAAUGAAGCUUAUAAGCUUGUUGCAGCUCAUACCUCGGCAAAACUGGAACACAUGAGAUUGAGUGCAAUGAAAAACACAGGAGAAAAUGCUGAUGAAGAGAUUGAAAAAGAUCCUUUUGAGGAUGAAUUAGACCUUUUAAAUCACCCUAAGAAUUACAAGGCUGGUGUUCUUUCUAGCUUGCUAAAGCUAUAUACAAAUGCUGACACGGUUACGUCGAGUAGAAUAUCUUUAAAACAGCCAAAUGCUUCUAAAAUACAAAAACAAUCACAAUUAUCUUCAAGUCAUUCCCUUACAGAUCUUAUGCGUGCAUCAAAUCAGACGUUUAUGGGUCCAGCAGUGGGAUUUCAAUCUCGUGAUGAUUUAUCGGAUCUUCCCAGAUUAGCGAAUCAGAAACACAAGAAGUUUCACUUUCCACAUCAUUCAAAGAAGCCUUCGUCUUUAAAUGAAAAAUACAAGAUUACCGUUCACUUGGCAGAUGUAUUACAAAGGCAAAAAUACAUUUUAAAGCUUUGCCGGGCUCUCAUGACUCAUGGUGCGCCAAGUCAUCGGUUGGAGGAACACAUGUCUUCUACUGCAAAAGUUUUGGAGAUCGAGGGACAGUUUUUAUAUGUUCCCGGUUGUAUGAUAAUAUCAUUUGGAGAUACAAACACCCAUACUUCUGAUAUGCAUAUUGUUCGUGUUAAUCAGACGGUCGACUUGGGGAAAUUGAAGUUAGUUCACGAUGUUUAUAAAGCGGUUAUUCACGACCUGAUGAGUGUUGAGGAAGCCAUCAAUGGACUCGACACUAUCUUGAAAUCACCCCCUUAUUUUAAGACUUGGAUAUUAGUCGUAACCUAUGGUUUUGCAAGUGCUUUUAUUCUGCCAAUUGCAUUCUCCGGUGGUUGGAUUGAUCUCCCAAUCUCUUUUUUUUUGGGUUUGAUUAUCGGAACUCUUCAACUACUCGUCGCUCCAAGGUCACCCUUGUACAACAGUCUCCUGGAAGUCACUGGUUCAAUUUUAACGUCCUUUUUGAGUCGAGCAUUCGGAAGUAUAUUUCGCGAUCAUGCAAGUAAGUCGAAUCCUAUAUUCUGUUUCGCGGCUUUAGCGGAAGGUGCGAUCGUGCUAAUUCUUCCUGGUUAUAUCGUCCUGUGCGGAUCUCUUGAAUUACAAAGUAAAAACAUUGUCGCAGGAAGUGUUCGAAUGUUUUAUGCCAUUAUUUAUUCCCUAUUCCUGAGUUUUGGUAUCGCUAUAGGUGCGGCCCUGUAUGGAUGGAUGGAUCAUCAUGCAACUUCGGAAUAUACUUGCAGUGUUGAUCGGUAUAUUGACGAUAAAUGGAGAAUUUUGUUUGUUCCUCUUUUCACUGUUUGCUUGUUAAUUGUAAACCAGGCACGACCAUCACAAUGGCCAGUGUCUUUGUUCAUAUCUUGUGUUGGUUACGUUGUUAAUUAUUUCACGACUCAAAAACAUUUUAAGAACACGGCGGCCAUAGGAAACGCUAUAGCAGCUUUUGUUAUUGGUUGUCUUGGAAAUCUAUACUCUCGUUUAGGGCAGGGUGUAGCAUUUGCUGCCGUUUUGCCAGCCAUCUUCGUGCAAGUACCUUCUGGUUUGGCUGCCCAAGGUGGUGUUAAGUUUGGAAUCGAUUUGGCUACCCAAAUUAGUAACCAAAGCAACUCAACCGCUACCGAUGAGUCUUCUUUUAAUAGUAGUUCUCUCUCAUUUGGUAUAAACAUGGUGCAGAUAGCUAUCGGCAUUUCUGUUGGUUUAUUUGCCUCUGCUUUGGUCAUUUAUCCUUUUGGAAAACGUCGUUCAGGUUUGUUCAGUUUUUAAAGAACAAUUUUUUGUAUGCAUAUCCUUUCUUAUUUACAUUCCCAUAUCUUGAAGAAGUGUUUUAUUGUUAGAUAUGAUUUUGUUGCUAUGAUUAUGAUUUCUUAAGGAUUCUCACUUGAAAGAUAAAAGUUCGGUGUUGGAGUUUUUUAUUGUUAUUAUUUAUUUAUAUGGUAAUGCCUUUUAAACCAUGUUGAAUUAUCGUUAUGCAUUUAUACCUGGUUUAUUAAUUUAUAAUAUUGUUAGUACUCCUGGAGUUGUAUUCACUAGCCCGAUUAUUUAUUUUUAAUUCAUAAUAAAAAAGUAGACUAGCUCAUUUACGUUGCUGA